AUGGCAUCUGAUCAAUGUCAAGGCAGCACAGGUAAGUAUGUAUGGCCUGAGCUGCUGGGAGUGGAGGGGACAGUUGCGGAGGCAACAAUUGAGAGGGAGAAUUCUACCGUCAAAGUUGAGGUGGUGUUGGAAGGAACCAUUGUCCCUGCAGAUUUCGUAUGCGUACCUGACAGGGUUCGUGUUUGGGUCGACACAGAUGGCUUGGUUACUAGGGUUCCUGUAAUUGGUUAA